AGUCAAAAAGCACCUCAGUUUCAUGAGCAAAUGCAAAUGAAAAAAACCACAACCACAACCAACCAACACCAAUCAGAGGGGUGUUCCUUGUGGGCCCUAUCUGAGGAUUGGUAGAAACUGUAUUUUUUAUCUGUUUUCAUGCUUGUCCAAAAUCUUAAAAGGGAGACAAAAAAAAAAAAAAAAGAGGAAGGCUCUGUAUAAAAAAAGUUAUCUUGCAACUUUUAAAUUUCACACAAAAACUUCAGGUAAGAAAACUUACCCGAGCUGGCAUCUCAUCUUUGGUGAUGGACCCAGAAGCAACACCGGCGUAUCUGGAUUACUACUAUGCAACAGACCCAAGCCCCGAUAUCCAGGACACCGGCUCCCACAUUCCUUACCUAUCUGUCUUCCUUCCCAUCUUUUACACAGCUGUGUUUCUGACUGGAGUGCUGGGGAACCUCGUGCUCAUGGGAGCGCUGCAUUUCAAACGUGGCAGCCGGAGACUGAUCGACGUCUUUAUCAUCAACCUGGCUGCCUCUGACUUCAUUUUUCUUGUUACGUUGCCUCUCUGGGUGGACAAAGAGGCAGCUUUCGGACUGUGGAGGACGGGCUCUUUCCUGUGCAAAGGCAGCUCCUACGUGAUCUCAGUCAACAUGCACUGCAGCGUCUUGUUGCUCACUUGCAUGAGCAUUGAUCGCUACCUGGCCAUCCUGCGCCCUGCCGCUUCCAGGAAGUACAGAAGGACAGACUGUGCCUAUGGAAUCUGCGCCAGCGUCUGGUUUAUCUCCUGCCUCCUGGGGUUGCCUACUCUUCUGUCCAGGGAGCUCACGCUGAUUGAGGAUAAGCCAUACUGUGCCGAGAAGAGGGCAACACCAAAUAAACUGAUGUGGGCCCUGGUGACCUUAAUUUUCACCUUUUUUGUUCCCUUGCUGAGCAUUGUGACCUGCUACUGUUGCAUUACGAGGAAGCUAUGUGCACAUUACCAGCAGUCAGGAAAGCAUAACAAAAAGCUGAAGAAAUCUAUAAAGAUCAUCUUUAUUGUUGUGGCAGCCUUUGUCCUUUCCUGGCUGCCCUUCAAUACUUUCAAGCUCCUGGCUAUCAUCUCUGGAUUGCAGCAAGAACUCUACUUUUCCACAGCCACUCUUCAGCAGGGCAUGGAGGUGAGUGGACCCUUGGCAUUUGCCAACAGCUGUGUGAACCCUUUCAUCUACUAUAUCUUCGACAGCUACAUCCGCCGGGCCAUCCUGCGUUGUUUGUGCCCUUGCCUGAAGAACUAUGACUUUGGGAACAGCACUGAGACAUCAGACAGUCACCUCACUAAGGCUCUUUCCAACUUCAUUCACGCAGAGGAUUUUGCCAGGAAGAGGAAGAGAUCUGUGUCACUCUAGAGCAAGCUGUGACAUUUCAAGUUCUGCUGAUGGGUUAGGGACUUAAUUUUUGUCAGCAACAAAGAAAGAAGAAAAAUAUUACAGGAUUUAUAGUGCUUCGUAAAUACAAGGAAGUGUUAAGUUGUAAAUAGAGGGCUGAAAACUCCCUGUGUUAUGGAAACUAUAAGGUCAAGUGCUAUUUUUUCAUCUGGGUGGCCUUGUUUGACCCUUACCAAUCAAAUCCGGGCAGAAUAUGGUUCUCAUCUGACCUUGAACUCUUAGAUGAAGGCUCCUGCCUGGAUCAGUUCCUUUCUUCAUGAUUAUUAAUCUGAUCUCUCAAGAAUCAUGGGCAUUUCAUGCACACCACACUUCCUACUGGGCUCCAAAUUGGACUACAUUUAAAAGAUUCUGCCCACUUUCAUCUGGAAAGAAAUGUGGUCUCAAAGCAGGUAACAAAAAAUAUGGUACACUCACACUCUAAUGAAUUGUUCCUGAGUUCCUAAGCUAGCAUCUGGCCUCAGGCUUUAAAGUUUAGUAUAGUGGUGCUUUAUCAUUCUGCAGCAUUAUCUUUCAUCCCUGGUGCAUCCACAACAGUUUUGGAUUGGUAAAAAACUCAUGGAGAUAAAAUCAUUUUCUGUUGUGCUUAUAAUUUGGGACUUAGUCUUCUAGAGUAUUUUAACAAGUAAGCCUAUAAGCCUAGGGCAAGGAUUGACCUGUAUUUUGCCCUAUAAGAUAUACAGGUACAAAUGUUUCUCAUUAUAAUGAUGAGGUUUUACUAGACCCUUUUGUUUUCAUUGCCUUUAUAAAAUUGGUUUUGACUUUACUUUAAUUACAUGAUUUAAAAUUACUCAGUUAUCUAGUUAUCAAAUGAAAAUGUUACUACUAAUAUAAUUGGGCCUCCUCAGAUGUUAGGCCCACCCCUAUGCAAAUUAUUACUUUGUAUUUUAAUUAAAAUGUUUGUGCUAUAUACAGCAUCAUUUGCUUGGUGUAUAUAAUUUCAAGGUGGGAGUUAAUAAUAUAGGAAGACAGGAGGCUCUGCAUUCAGCCAGAGAUAAAAACAAAAGUGAACGAAGAUGUUAGUAUUUCAAAUUCAUUUCUCCACACCCAGAGAUUUUCUUGAAUUCCUUCACCCAAUAAAUAUUUAUUCAAUUUCUAUCUGUAUUCCUCUUAAAAAUGUUGAAAGAAAAAACCACGUAAUUUGUCGCAACCACAAAAGUCUUGCAGUGCCAGUUAUGCUACUGUGAACAUUUUUUUUAUUUAAAAGCAUCCCCCUGUAGUUGAUCCAAAUAAAGUACCAUUUUAUUUACAAACAUUAGAUUUGAAAACCAGAGAAAGUCUUAGGAUCUCUUCAGAAACUGAGCAAUUUAAUUUCAAUCUAUAUAUUACAUUAUGGGAAAUCUUAAUUAUUAGACAUUUAAUAACCUUUUUCAGCU